AUGUAAACAAAGCGGAAUAUUUUGAAAAUUUUAAAAGAUGUGAAAAUGACAGGGAUUCAAACUUCUUUUUGUUUUUAAAUUUAUGAAGUAAACUCUGCAAAAACUUAAGAUCAGUUUGAAAAUUCAUAAAAAUGGACUUUUGACAGAAGCUUUCAUUUCAAGGUUCUAAAUUCUAGCGAGUUGUGCAGCAAAAUGGAGCGAGAUCGACCAGAGUAUAUGUCGGCUGAAGACUUGAGAAAUAGAUUAUACCACAGUCUAAGAGACAGAGGAUUAUUCGAUUCUAUAAAGAGUCAGCUGAGAAAUAAAUUGGUAACAGAACUACAACAAACAACAAAGGGACACCUUUCGGAGAGAACCGCUAAAGAUGCAGAAGAGGGAUCCUUGUUACACAGAGCGUCAAACAGCCUGGUGGCAGAACAUUUACGACACUGCAAAUAUGACUACUCGCUUAGUGUGUUUUUACCAGAAAGCUCAACAGUUAGAGAUAAAAUUUUUACAACCCAUGACCUUCUGCAAAUCCUUGGAGUCAGUUCCCAAUCAAGAUUAUAUCGCAAAAUGGCAAAAGGACAAUCUGAUUCAAACAAGAAAGGAUUUUUAUGGCAGCUACUGUGUGAAUUAUCUGCCCUCCACUCUAAUGCAAUGCAGGAAACCGGAACUCAAACAGAUCUCAUCAAAAUUGGAGUUGUGUCAGCACUUGAUGAGAAGCUUGGAGAAAUGGAAGACUUUUACUCUUCUAAAAGAGAUGAAAAUUUCCGAAUCGGUGCUACAGCUAUGGAAGAGAGACUGAUGUCAUUUCAGAGACAGCUGGAGGAGAGGUACAGAACAGACCUGAAACUGGAGGUGGCCAGAAUUAAGGACAGUGAAGCAGCAAGGAUUAGACUGGAGGAGAAGGAACAAUGUAGAAGGGAGUUUGAUCAACUAAGAAGAGAGCUUGAGAGAACAUAUCAACAGAAAACUGAUUCACUUCUACAGAAAGAAAGAAAUUCAAUUGAAAGAAUGCAAAGGGAACAGGAGAUACAUGAGAAGGAGAUUUACACUCAGAGGCAGUCAAUAUUGGAAGAAAUUGAGAUUUUACGCAAGAGAGAAGCAGAGGUCAAAAGGGCAUCAGAAACUAACGAGAGGGAAAGGAAAUUAAAUGAACAAAGGGUGAAAGACAGGGAGACAGAUCUCCGGCGUAGAGAACAGGAAGUGAGGAGGAUGGAGGGGGAAUACGAACAAAAGCUAAAGAAUGAAAUGACAAAAUUCAAAGUGGAGGAACAAGCUAAGUAUAUGGAGAGAUCACAGAACCUGGAGAUCAGGGAGGCGAGGGCCAGAGAUGAGGAGAGAAGAAUUAGAGAUGAACAAGAAAGAAUUCAGAGUAUCAGAGACGAACUGAAAGACAAAACAAUGAGAAUCAAUGAAUUGGAGACAAGGCUGCAGGAGGAGAAACAUGGAGAAGUGUCAGCUGUGAGACAGAACGAGUUACUGAAUGCAAAACUCAGAGAUAUGGCUGACUACAGAGUCAUGAAGGAACAAAAUGCUGUUAUGAAAAAUGAGCUUGAAACUCUUCGAACAAGACUAUCAGAGGUCAUGCAGAUGAACGAAAGAGAAAGGGGAAGACAGGAGGAGAUGAUGAAGGAGAUGAGACGACCGACGCCGGAGACUCUGAUGUUACAGCGGGAGCUGGAGAAAGCCAAGGAGAGUCUGAGACAGGAACAGACGCUGUCUAACGCCGCCAAACAACAGCUGGAGAAACGACUUCAGGAGGAGAUGGACAGAAACAGGGACUUACUGAGAAGGUUUGAGGAUCAGACAUUACAGAUGAAGGAGAUGAACCAGGAGUUAGUGGACCUGAGGGCUCAGCUGUCUAUCACUCAUAGAGCAUUAACAAAUGAAGUAUAUAGGAAACCACAUGAAGAAGGAACUAAUAUGAAUCGUUCCGUUUCCUUCCGUAUUCCAAAUCAGCCCAGAGAAGCCCCCCAGGAGGAGGAGGACAGGGAAGAGGAGGAAUAUCUGGGGCUCCCGGGGUCUCAGUUUGCCUCCAAACAGUCCAGUCCCCGCCGCCCCAACAGACAGAGGGAGGAGUAUGAUGAACAUGAUGUUUACAAUGAUAUCGAGGCUGAGUUUGGACUGCCCUCUACUGGAAAGAGGAGGCUUUACCCAGCAUUCUCUGAAGAUGAUGUUUCUUCUACUAACUCAGCAGAUGUAGUGGCUGAGGCCAAAUACAGACUCAAAAGUUUAGAGAGAGAGGCCCAGAAUUUAGAGUCAGCUUACAGAGAUUUCCAUUACAAACUGUCCAACCCGUCAUCCGGUCCCAUAGAACGGUCAAAAUCUGACAGAGUUACUGAGGAAACUCAGCUGAAAAAACAAGAGCAUGAAUCUCAGAGUCAGAGAAGAGUUGCCUCCCCUGUGGCCAGUCCUAUACAUCGCCCAUUGUCCUCCACGCCUUACCAAGGGAGACAAUCCGGCUCUGGUGGAAAUCUCAAUGAUAGCCUACAUGAGUUGACAGGAUCGGGGGCUGAGAGGAAGGCGCCACCUAGGUUUGACCUCUCUACAAUGUCAGAUGAUGGAAAUCACAAAGAGCCAAGAGUUGAAGAACGGCCUCGACCUAUUACAGUAUCUGACCUUGAGGCUAGACCAGGGUCACCUGGCAUUGUAGUAGUUCCAGGGUCAAGGUCAAGUGAAGAUGAACUGUCACCCAAACCUGAAACAGCUGCUAUAGUGACUGAGGCUGCUACCCCGCUAAGGGCCCCUCCUGGGGGUAGACUACAGCCCAUCUCAUUGGACAGUGCCUGGAAAACUCCCGCACAAGAUGACAAAUCAAAUGAAGAAGAGAAGAGAAAGGAAGAAGAGAGAAGAAGAAAGGAGGAAGAGGAUUUGAAGAGAUGGGAAGAAGAGAGAAGACAGAAAGAGGAAGACAGGAAGAGGAGAGAGGAGGAGCUCAGAGAGAAAGAGGAGAGGGAACUAAAAAAACUGGAGGAAGGUGUUGAAUCAGAGAAGUCUGAGGCAGCCAAGAAGGAGCCAGAAAUAGACCCUGUGAUGAAACAGUACAUGGAGAUGGUCCAGCAACAAAAGGAAAAGGAGGAGGAAGAGAGAAAAAUAUCAAAAAGAAAGAUUGCCAAGAAACCAGUGGAUGUGUGGUCAAAAGGCUCCAACAGUGUAGCAGAUACACAGUCUGAAUUCUCUGUAGCUGAAGACAUUCAGAGCAAUAAUGGAUCUGAUGAUGAUUUCGGUUGGUGAUGCCAGUAUAAACUCUGACAGGAACCCUUACUAUUGGAUAAUUGUUGGCCAUCCAUAAACAGUCACUUAUCUGUGAUAGACUAUUCCAAUUUUUCUUAGAAAGAAUUUGUAUAAAUAUUUUAUUUUAAGUUAUUGUACAUGUAGAUUGUUUCC